AUGAUAAUAAAAAAAUAUUUAGGAUACAUACCGCUUUUAUUUAAGUCAGGAUUGGUUUUAAAAAAAGGUGCUGCAGUCAAACCUUUUUUUCCUCAUUGUACCAAUCGCUCCAUUCGGUUCGCCAUUAUUACAAUAAGUAGCUAUAUCAAACUUCUUAUUCAGAUAAUAAAUAUUAAAACGGAUUCAACUACUUGUUACUUUUGGCAUGAGGGCUUGGGUUCUAAAGGUUCUACAGAAAUAGGAACUUGCGUCUACAAGUUUCUAGAGAAAGUUGCUGAAGAGCAUCCAAAUUCUGAUGUUAUUUUCUACAGUGAUAAUUGUUGUGGCCAACAAAAAAAUCGAUUGUGUUCAGCAUGUAUUAUUAUGCUGUCGAAAAUU